UUGUUUUUCUCUCUCACAAUUCACUAGAAACAAACCUUAAAACCAUCUAGGUAAACUACAAGAAUAUCAUUGCAGUUUAUUGUUUAACUUGUGAAGUGCUGUAAAUCGUCUCACCCUGUAGCUCAACAAGAAAGGACCAUGAAAAAAUGAGAAUCCUAACAUAAAAUUUCAUGAGUUUCUCAUCAGAAUCAUUUUUUCGUAGUAUUUUUACUGUGCAUUUUUUAGUGUUGAGCCGAUCAAUUUUAUAUUAUUGCCACUUAUUUAAUUAAUGCCCCAAUGGAGGUUAAAGAAGACACUUCAUCUCUCUUAAUGCGUGCUUAUAAGGAUGGCAAGUGGAGUGAUGUAACCAUCAUGAACGGAGAUAAGAAGUAUCAAGUCCAUAAACAUAUUUUGUCCACUGCAAUUCCUUAUUUUGAUAAAAAGUUUACCUCUGGGCUCAAAGAAUCAUCGAGUCAAGUGAUCAACCUUGACCAUCCGCCGAAUGCAUUUGAUCUUAUAAUCGAAUGGGCUUAUGGUUCAAAGAUAAAGAUAACAAAAGAAAAUGCUGUUGACUUAUUUCAUCUAGCUGAUUACAUGAAUAUACCUAAAUUAACAACUGUUUGUUUGAAUUUCUUAUGGAACAACUUCUCUGAUUCUCCAUUUAUAGAUGUUGGCCACUGGAUUAAUCAAAUUGCUACGGAAGAAGUAAAUAAUGUUAUUGAUAGAUAUAUAUGUUCAAACUUCUUGGACAUUGUGAAUACAGAUUCGUUUCUUGAUUAUGAUGUUGAUACUGUUGCUCAUAUGCUCAGUUUGCAUGACUUGGAUAUUGAUGAUGAAAUACAAGUUUUCGAUGCUAUCAUAAGGUGGAUACAAAAAAGUGUUGAAAGACAGUCUCAUCUUCCAAAAUUGCUUAAGAAGAUUACCUGGGCUGAUAUCAAUGGAGUUCAGUUCAUGAACAGAAUCGAUAAAUUACCUUGGAUUGAGAAGUGUGACGAGGUGCGUCCAGUUAUCAUGGCUGCAUUUGAGCUCAGUUACUUCAAAUCCUUGAAGCAGAUACAAGUUAACGACGUAAAUUUCAAGCGUAUUUCACUUAAUCGAUUUCACUAUGCUAUCUAUAGAAAGACUGAUGCAUCCAUAAUAGCUCAUAAUUUUAAUGGAAAUUAUGGCAAGAUUAUUUUUUCUGAAAAUCGUUCUCUUCCUACAGCUAAUUUUGGUGAUUCACACAUAAGUGAACAUAAUAUAGAUUCUGAUGUGGUUAUCAGAAUUGACUGGAAAAAUAAAACUUAUCGAUUAUUCAAAAGUUCCGAUUUUUACUGCUACACCCUUUUGUUUGAGCGUUUAUUUCAAAUCACUAGAUAUGGCGGAAAAGUUGAUUUUUGGAAAGGAAAACGACUUAUUGAAUUCGGACGUUUAUCCGGUGACAACACAUUAGGUCAAUCAACUUUCACUGCAACCAAGCAUAAAGGAGGCAUUUGUUUAUCAAGCAUCAAUACAGUCCAAUCAAUUUGUAUACCGAGCGCUGAUACAACAAGCGCAUCUAGCAUUCAGAAUCGCAACCAAAAUCAAAUCAGGCAAUACAAAUCGAAAUUGACAAUUGAGAAAUGUACUCCGCCCGCAAAUUAUUUCGUGGUUGUUGCAAGUCAUGAAAUUGUUACAAAAGAACCCAUAAAAAAGCUGAAAAGUACAACCUUUCAUGACCUGUUGUUAAUAUUUGUUGACUGCUCAUUGAUCCUUUCAUACGAUUUCCAGAAAAAUAUCUUUAAAGAGCAUAACAAGCUCUUGAAUGGUCGCAGCCUUUGCUUUCUACAUUUUAGAUAUAAUGGUCCAAAAUUGUUGAUUUUUAAUAUUGAUGGAAGCAUAAGUAGAGAAGGUUUCUCUAUUAAUAAUGGAGAACUGUCUCAUUGGUCCGAUUCCCGCAGUUCAUAUUCCAAAAUUGUACCCAAUUCGCAACUAAUUGGUUUUAUUUCACUUGAAAAGGAACACAACGCUAAGAUGCAUGAUUGUUAAUUUGUGUUGAAUAAAGUUAUAAGAUUUAAGUUGAAAUUAAA